UUAUAUGGCGCGAGGUACAAAUUUGGCGCGGAAAUCUAUGAAGUGAAGUUUUUGGAAAAUGAGUAAGAAAUCCGAAGAAGAAGCGUCUCAAGCGGUGUUGGCGUAUCUUACCAAACAGAACCGACCUUAUAGUGCAAUUGAUAUUUUCUCGAAUCUGCACAAAGAGUAUGGAAAAACGGCAGUACAAAGGAGUUUAGAAAAACUUGCUAGUGAAGGCACUAUCACUGAGAAGAUUAAUGGGAAGCAGAAGGCAUAUGCACCUAAACAGGACCAGUUUGGAGACUAUGAUGAAAAUGAGAUCAAGAAAAUUGAUUCACAAAUCAGUGCAUGCUCAGAGAAAUUGAAGAAGUUACAAGAAACAUUGAAAACUCAAGAGUCAGAGCUGCGCAAUGUUAACAGUACACUUACAACCAAAGAUGCCAAGACCAAACUAUCAGAGCUGACUCAAAAGUGUGACAAAUACCAGGAAAGACUCAAGAAUAUUAAGUCUACAACAAAGCAUGUUACUCCAGAGGAAAAAGAUAAGAUCUAUAAGGAUCACAAGCAGUAUGUCCAGAUGUGGAAAAAGAGGAAGCGAUUGGCAACAGACAUUUUAAAUGGCAUUUUGGAAGGUUAUCCCAAACCCAAGAAACAGCUUAUUGAGGACAUUGGUAUUGAAACAGAUGAAGAGUAUGGUGCUGUAAUCCCAGGCUGUUAAAGGCUUUUUUCUAUAUGUAUUAAAUGAUUUAUUUUCUGAUGGCAGUCCAGGUCAAUAUGAUGAAUAUAUUUAGUCAGUGCGUAGUUUCUUCCAAUGCUUUACCU